CAACUCGCCGUUCUUCCAUCAUCCAUCUCCAUCCCGGUCAAUUAUCAUCUUUGAAAUCUCCCACUUCCAACCAAUUCACAACCGCCAAAAUGGUCAAGCUUACCGAGGUCGAGGAUGAGCACUUCACCGAAAAGCCCAUUCCCAGCAAGAACGAUGCCCUGCUGGUUUCCGAUGACGAGGAGGAUUACACCGACACUGACUCCGAGAUCUCCAACGAUGAGGAGGAGGAGGACCUCGAGCUCGAGGAGGAGUCCCUCUACGAGCGUCUCUCCGCCUUGAAAGACAUCAUCCCCCCCGGCGCGCGCCGCACCGUCAGCAAUACCGUCUCCACCGUCACAUCCCUCACCAAGUCCAGCCUGUCCUUCAGCGGCAAGGCUCUUUGGAUCAUCAGCACCAGCGCUUUCCUGAUCGGUGUCCCAUGGGCGUUGGCCUACGCCGAGGAGGAGCAGUACAUUCAGAUGGAGCGGGAGCAGGGCAUGAUUAAGGGUGCCAACGAGAUGCUCACGCCCGGUGCCGAGCCCGAGAAGCAGGGUGUCCAGGCCACUCUGUAAAUUAACUCCGCCAUGAGAAACGGGAUGAACGGGCAACACACCCGAAUGACUUGAUGGUCGAUCACAUAAUUGAUAGAAGAUCGACAUGGAACCAACAACAUGGCGGAUGAAAUCCAGCCUUUGGCCCCGAUAAUCCUCAAUUCCGUCGGCCUGUAGCAAACUCUUUCAACCAUCUCGGAUUGAAAUGAUCGGCUUCAACACCGUUGUUGUUGUAAAGUCAUUCUAUUCCCGACUGAUUCAUCCCUUUUUCUGUUCCUCGCUUCUUGAUAUGUCUUUCCACCAGAAAUUUUGGCUCCGGCAGCUUAUGCAUGCAUGUAUUUGUACAAUCACAACCAUCUUCCUUUUCCUCUCUCCAUAUCCUCUAUAUACGCUUUUUUAUUUCUCCUUUGCUUCUCCUCGUGAUUUGUAUGUCUAAGUGAUGCUAUUGAGUUGUUCGAUCUCACCGAAUUUCGUGCUUGGGAGUACAUUAAUCAAGGGAAUGGCUCCCUUCACAGUCUUGAAGCCAGCUCAAACCAAGCCGCAUCAUGGCG